AGUGACGAGACGACGAGUCCGUUGCGUACCGCUCUGCCUUCUCUGCUUGUGCCGUGCGCGACUGACCAUCACCACCAUAUUACCCUAAGCGGCAGCUGCCCCUGCUAAUUCCCUCCUCCCCGCCAUCUAUGUCAGCCGCCUCCUCGUGUUUCCUUGGGUGGUACGUGUACCGUACUCGACAGUACACAUAGCGUUACCCCUGCGGACUGUAUUAUCUUCGCGUGUCUUGAAAGCCGCCUUAAACGGCGACAUCAGUAAUCUAUGCCAACUGUCUGCAAGCCCCUCGUCGUCGCGCCCACGGCUCCCCUAACCGCCUCCGCCAUAGCGCGCGCGCUCACUCCGCGGAUCCUCCCCACGCGGACCGCCGCCACCACCACUGCCGCCGCCGUUACCGCGCUUGUGCCCGCAUCCCUUAAUCUAACCCACUUAUUGCUUUCCACAUCAUCCCACUUCGCUUCAAAGGCUGAUUACACGUUCCAGCACCUUUCGUUGUUCCAACCCGGGUCGCGUCAACCCCGAUCGCAUCGUGUGCGCGCGGCAGUGACUGCGGCGAUCACUCACCCGCCGCAUUCCUCUACCCCUUCCGCAGCCAUGGUUCCGCCGACCAUUGUUACCGACGCUGAUCCCCAUGGAGGUGUCAGCGGCCUAUCGACGGAAGCUCCCUCGACCGCGCCGCCACAGUCGGCGAAGCUCGAAGCGAUGCUCGUGGACGAAACCCACGGUGCGAGCCCCGAAACCUCCGCGCCCUUUAAGAAACAGCGCAUCGCUGGCUCCACCUCCGCCUCCGAUGCGCCAGCUGUUACCGCCGAUGACUCUUCCGCCGAUCCCCCUGCGCCCGCUGCGACAUCCGCCGCAACAACAGCCGUCGCCGCUGCAGCUGUGAGCGCACCAGCCAACGCACCGCCCUCCCUACCUGCCGCCCUCCCCGCGUACGUUCCACCGCCGCACGCGGAGGCGGCGUGGGCGCACUUCCGGCGGCUGGGGUCUCCGCGGCUGCUGGUUGCGCCGAUGGUGGACCAGUCGGAGCUGCCGUUCCGCCGGCUGUGCGCCAAGUACGGCGCGCAGGGCGCGUACACCCCCAUGUUCCACAGCCGGCUGUUCGUGGAGGACCACAAGUAUCGGCGCGAAUUCACCACGUGCGCGGAGGACCGGCCUCUCUUCGUGCAGUUUUGCGCCAAUAACCCUGACACUCUAGUCAAGGCCGCGUCUCUCGUCGCGGCGGACUGUGACUACAUCGACAUUAACUUCGGCUGCCCGCAGCGCAUCGCGCGUCGUGGUCGCUACGGCGCGUUCCUCAUGGACGACCUGCCCCUGAUCGAGUCGCUCGUCUCCGCGCUAUCCGCCGCGCGCCUCCCCGCACCCGUUUCCUGCAAGAUCCGCAUCUUCCCAGACCUCGCGCGCACCAUCGCGUACGCGCGCAUGCUGGAGGCCGCGGGGUGCUACCUGCUCGCCGUGCACGGGCGCACGCGCGAGCAGAAGGACGGGAAAAAGGUGCGCGCGGACUGGGAGAUGAUCCGGCGGGUGAAGGAAGCGGUGUCCAUUCCGGUGAUCGCGAAUGGGAAUAUAAGGGAUUUGAGCGAUGUGCUGCAGUGCUUGGAGGCGACCGGGGCGGAUGGGGUGCUGAGCGCUGAGAGCUUGCUGGAAAACCCGGCGCUUUUUGGGGGGUAUCGGGUGGAUGAUGGGGGGGAGGGAGGGGAGGAAGGGGGGGAGGAUGAUGGGGAGGAGGGGAGGAGAGUGGAGAGUGAAGCGCACGCAGCAGCGGCAGAAGCAGCGGAGGCGGCAGAUUCGGCAACAGCAGCAGCAGCAGCAGCAGCAGCAGCAACAGAACUGGCAGCAAGGAUUACAACGGAAGCAGCAGCGGAGGUGCAACGCCUGGAAGCAGCAUCAGCAGCGUCCGGUGCAGCAAGCAGCAAGGGGCGUCUGACCAUCGACCGGAUCACCCUAGCAGAGGAGUACCUAGCUCUGUGUGACUCCCAUCCCGUGCCCAUGCGCAUGGUUAGGAGCCACCUGCACCGCAUGCUGGGGCCUGUGUUCUCACGGCACCCGCACGUUAGAGAGAAGCUCAAUAAGGAGUACAAACUGACCGUGCCGUGGCUGCAGGAGCUGGUGGGGCAGCUGAAGGCGUGUGAGAGAGGGGAAGUGGGGGAGGUGGUAGCAGCAGGAGAAGGGGGAGCAGCAGCAGCAGUUGCUGCAGAGGCGAAUGGUGUAAGCAGUGAUGCUGCUGCCGCGGGUGGUGUUGCUGGUGAUUACAAUAAUGGUGCUGCUGCUGCUGGUGCUCCUGUUACUGGUGCUGCAGUUACAGGAAUGGCAGAGGCGGACGAAGGGGGGCCAGUUGGGGACGGGAGGCAGGCGGUGGCCGUGGCAGGGCUUUAAGUGACAUAGCACAAGUUUAAGUUGAAGUUUCGUCCUCAACUGGAGUGGGGGUGGUUGGUGUUAGGCAUGGUGCUGAUAAGGAAUUCCAUACAGGGUUCUCAAGGAACAGCUGUCAGCUGAUGAGUGGAGAGAAGUCUAGCUGUGUCACAUCUUGUUGGGUGUACUCUAAUGUACUAAGGUACUAAGUAUCUCGCCGCAUAAAAUACAUUCUACAACCCCUU